ACUUUUAUUUUGAAAGGCAUUUGUAAACGAAGGCACCGUUAACGCUUUUGUUUUGCCGUCUCGCGGGUCAAAACCACCCGAAGGCUGGCUUGAACACAGUGAAUUACCCCAACGUAGCGACCUUGAAAGCCASCAUGGAGGCUCGUUUCAACCCCAAGGUUCUGCUACACAGAUUAGAUGUUCAACAGCUAAUGAUAGUUAAAGAAGAAGCUCCUGAUGACCACAAACCUUGUGUUGACCUGUAUGACCCAAAGCCCCACCACGUAAAAGAGGAACAGGAGGGAAUCUGCAUCAGUUUGUGGGGAGGGCAGUUCAGUGGGAAGGAGAAGAUUGAUGCCUUCAAGUUUCCAAUCACUGCUAUUGCCAUAAAGACUGAAGAUGAUGAACAUCCCCCUUUGCUCUCRCAGUUUUAUCAAGACCAAAUUAAAUACAGAGAGUUUCCAGAAGAGAACGACGAUUGGGAAUCCAUCAAGAUAGAAGAUCAUGGAGAUGGUUCCAACUCCUUAGAGCUUGAAGACACUGAGAAGGAUGAAGAGGACGAUGAUGAUGUAAAGUACCCUGUCUCUGAGCUGGCACACUUGUCAGACUCUGGACUGAAAACUAAAAACAUGGGCAGUGAAUGGAAGGAGAGUAGAGCUCCUGAGUCAGAGGAAGACCUUGUUGACCGAGUUUUAAGCGUGUCUGAAAUUACUGAACAACUUUUUCGUUGUUAUUCUUUCCAGAGACAUAUGACAGAGUCAGAAACAGGGCAUUUAAGCUCUUUGGAUGACAGUGGAUUGAAAGAGAAGGAAAUUGUGGACUUAGAAGUCCAGACAGGAGAAAAGUUUCACUGUGAAGACUGUGGAAAGAUGUUUAGUCAUGAACGAACUUUAAACGCACACAUGAGAAUCCACAGGGAACCUAAACCUUACUGUUGCGUUCUCUGUGGAAAUGGAUUUAGCACAAAAUCAAGUCUAAACAGACACAUCAGAGUCCACACAGGACAGAAACCUUACUGUUGUGAUCUCUGUGGCCGUAAAUUCUCUCAAAAGGGACAUUUAGCGCAACACGUGGUGCUCCACACUGGCCAGAAACCCUUCUGUUGUGAUGUCUGUGGACAAAGAUUUAGCCUGAAAACAUGUUUAACCAGACACAUGAGAGUCCACACAGGAGAGAAAUCUUACUGUUGUAGCAUCUGUGGAUAUAGAUCUUCUCAAAAAGGACAUUUAGCACAACACAUGGUCGUCCACACUGGAGAGAGACCUUUCCAUUGUAAUCUCUGUGGACAGAGAUUUACAGGGAAAUCGAGUUUAAAGAAACACACGAGAAUCCACACAGGUCAAAAACCUUUCUGUUGUUAUCUCUGUGGACAUAGGUUUACACAAAAAUCUAACUUAAAUGCACACAUGAAAAUCCACGCUAAAGGGGAAGUUGCUUAGUUAUGAAUAAACAAGCUGCAAAGCUGCAGUUGACUGUAAAAUA